UGCAAAUUAUAUUUUUCUUAUUGUCAUUAUUAUGCUCUAUAUGUGAAAGUUUGAAAUGUGGAGGUCAAAGCACAGAAGGAAAACAAGCAUCUAUAAGGGACGAACCAAAAGUCAUGUCUAAACCAUUGGGAAUUCUUGUAUCUUUUGCAGGUUUACCUCCAUUUAACCAAAGUUUACACUCUUUGGACAUGGACAUUGUCUUGGUUUUUCUUCUGAUACUUGUCCUUUCCGGUGGACAGAGUGAGGAUCACAACAGUUCCAGAUGUUACUCAAACUGCCCAGCUGGGUAUCAUAAAACCGGUAACUGCAAAGCUCCAGCUGAUUAUCACACAUGUCAAAAAUGUAAAGAUAAGGAAUACACAGAGAUUGAAAACACUCGUACUUCAUGCAUCAGGUGUAGCAUAUGUUCACAUAAUGAGGUAGAAAUAAAGCCCUGCAACUCAACCAGUAAUGUGGAGUGUGAAUGUAAAGACGGAUUUUUCAACGAUGGCAAAAACUCAGAUAGAUCCUGCAGCUCGUGCGGAUGUAAAUUUUGUAAAGAACCUCAUAAAAAUCCUGACUACAUGAAGAAGUGCAAGCCCUGCCAAAGGGAGGCGUGUCUGUCUGACCCAGAAUGCAAGAUGGAAUGUGCAAAAAGUCCAUCUACGACUCCAUCUACAAUCACACAGACUACAAGUAAUCAUACAACUGUGCCACCAACACCUCCAACCACACCUCGGAACAGAACGUUGAGUCCUGUUGAGAAACCGGUGGAACCUGAACCCGUGCCCUACAUGCUGUGGCUGUUCCUCUGGGUGGUCUUCGUGAUAACUGUGGUCCUCUGUCAGAUGCUGCUGCUUCACCUCAUCAAGAGGAAAACAGGAAAACCAAACAAAUUCCUCUGCUGGAGAACCAACAAAGGCGUGGAGCUGCAGGCCGAGGACGCCAAAUCCAAGGAACAAGAAAGUCAUCAAGGCAGCAGCUUGGCCACACUGACAUUUAACAUUUCUGAGGAAAGUCCCAUGAUGGAUCUUAGUCCCUGUCCAGUCUUGUCACAACGCCCUGCAGCCCAUAUCUGUCCUCUGCUGCCAAAUGUUGAGCAAGAGGCUGUCAGACGAGAUAAGCAUUCAGAGCACUGGCCGGCCAUUGUCCUCUAUGCCAUCAUCAAGGAGGUGCCCCUGCGUAGGUGGAAGGAAUUCUUGCGGCUUCUCUCGGUGGCUGAUCAGCAGCUGGAGCGUGUUGAGCUGGAGGCUGGUUUGGGCUCCAUUGAGAAACAGUACCAGAUUCUGAGGCUGUGGAGCCAGCGCUCCUCUGCGGGCCUGAGUGACGUCUUCUCGGCCUUGCACUACAUGGAUUUAUCCGGCUGCGCCCAGCUGCUGCAGGAAAAUCUGGAGAAGCUGCAGUGGACGCCUGAACCAAAGUAUGGUUCCACGGCCUGAAGAAGUUACACAGAAUGUGGUUCCAGUGGGGGUUAUUCAGGAGACAUUAAUGUCAACAAAUGAAACAAUAACAGACAUCAGUGCCCCAACCCUGAACAAGAAUAGAAACUUCAAGACAAUACUAACUUUAGCUACUACAUGGUACAACAUCAGAAGACUGCAAUGAUCUACGACAGGGCAGCGUGCUAACAGUCAGCCUGUGGACCAAGUUGAACAUGUCUUCUUGUACAUCCUCAGAUGAACUACAGCAGUGGUUGUCAAGUGGGCAUGGAUCAUUUUGAUAAUCUGAUGGUUUUAUUUCAUCAUAUCAGACUGACACACAGUCGCAGGUCUCCUGGGUGCUGAUCUCAUGGCAGCAACAUUCAUAGAAUCACUUCUUGUUGGGCAAGUUGUCUUCAAAGUAAAUGCACAAGGUUCAUUUUGUUGCUGCCAUGCUUUAUAUCGAGCUGAAUUACAGAGCUUUUAUUUUGUAAAUUCUGUUUCAUUUUAUAAAAAGAUUUGACGAUAAACUCUUCAUGGCAGAUUAACCUGAUAGGAUGAACACCAAAUUUUCUACCUUCACUUUGCAUCAUAGACUAUUAAUAAACAGCUCUGCACACAAUGUCCAGCAACGAAACAUUAGAAAGAUCACAGUAUGUUAUUGGGGUUUUUGGGGAGGAUUCCCAGAUGAUGAGCAUUACCACAGGCCAAGAAAACAGCUCAUUCCAAACAGGAACAGGUUCUGCACUGGUGUUAUAAAUGAUUCAUGAUGAGUAACGCAAUUUAACAGUUUAUUACAAUAAGGGUUCAACUGCUUCACGCAGUGAAGUGGAGAUCCUGAUCUAACUGUAGUUAGAGUAUUUCCUCUUUUUUCAUUUUUUCACAGGAAAAGUAUUAUGAAAUUCACCCCAUAGAUUUUUCAUGAAGCUCAACUCUUUAAACUGAAGUUAAUUUUUAGUCCAUACUGUCACUUGAACUGCAGAAUGUUCGUAUGGAAAAUUAUGGAUUUGUUGCAGUUGAAUACAUGUGACAACAAACUGUUGCAUUUUACACUUCAUCUUCAGUAAGUUGAGUUUUACUAAAAUUAAUUAAGUAAAAAAAUGUUGAAGGGAAAUCCCCCUUUUUGAACUGUGCUUUGAGAACUACAGAUUGUGUCAGAGAGCUUCCUUGCACUUCUCAUGUGGCCUCUCUUAAAAGUCAGCAGUGGAGGGCUGUGGUUUUGGAGUGCACUGCUAAAAUGUCACUAUAUGAAACUCUGAUUGUGUGUGUACAUGAGAGGUAGGCACGGUGUGGUGGAAAUGAAGGAAAUAAAGCCAAAUUACAAUUUUAUCUCAAGAAAUUGAUGCUCAUCUUUUUUUUUAAGAGUGUAACUGUCUGUCAGUGUGCAUACAUGUGACGUUUGAUCAGGGCUUACUUCCCUUCUCACAUCACCUUCCUGUCAUUGUACAUGAAAGUAACACUUCAGCAAAUGAUUCCCUCUGUAGGCCCCCACAAGGGAAGAAAACCCAAAUCACCAUAGAUCAUCAGAUUGUAAGUUUCAUGCAAAUAAAAGGUGUCAAGGUGCAGU